UCUCGACACCCGGAGUGUGUGGAUUGCAUUAGUUUCCCUGCGUUUCUACCCAGUGAAAAGAAAACAUUUUUGACUUGACCUGAAGAAAGAAGUGAGUAACUGUCGCGACAAUGUCACGUCCGAUGAAGAGCCAGCCUCCAUCAUCCACAUACAUGCCCAAGUCUUACGGGAUCACUGGUCCUAUCAGUGAGGAUCUGCCGGACGACGCUGAUUUGAUCCAGACCAGAAAACUGAUCCAAAGUCUGAGAUCAUAUGGUGUGUUUGAGGAUGACUUGGAGCUGCAGCACAGAGAGAAAGUUGUUAAAAAACUGGAGUCCCUCUAUAAGGAGUGGCUCAAAGAAAUAUGUAUUGAAAUGAACGUACCCGAAUCUGUGACCGACAAUGUCGGAGGCAAGGUCCUUCCUUUUGGCUCCUAUUAUCUGGGAGCUCACUCAAAAGGUGCUGAUAUUGAUGCCCUUUGUGUUGGACCUGGAUUCCUCGAGAGAACAGAUUUCUUCACCUCCUUCUAUGAGAAGCUGAAAGCCCAGGAGGAAGUCGAAGAUAUACGGUCUAAAAUCAGACUCCUGGUGGGAAUUUUGGAGAGAAAUGCAAACGUUUCACUGGCUCAUGUUAAUGUGCAGCCCUUCCCUGGACCCAGGAAGGCCAAUAACAAAGAGGGAGUGAGCACGAUGUGGCUGAUUGGACUUGUCUUACGGGCAAAUGAUACGGGCGGGUCUAAUAACAUAGACCUGACCACCAACCUCCUUUCAUUCACUGAUACUGUCUACAGCCAAGCAGAGGACUGUAAGGUACUUGAAGAGGGGAUGACCAUAUCAGCAACAUGUGUGGCGAGGGAAAAUCUGAGCUGGGCGAUGCCUGAUGGCACACGCAAAAAGGUUUUCAGUCCAGAACCCAAGCCUGAAGUGAGCCAUCAGAUCUCUGCCAAAGUUCCGCCUAGCCACGCAGCACCUGUCAGCGUGGGCCAACCAGGCACAAAGAGAAAAGGCUGGCCGCAGUCUCAGAUACCAGCCAAGAAGAUGAAAAAUGACAAGGAAUCAGUGUCUGUCACGAGAGGAUCAUCUGUUCAAGUGUCCAGACCCUUCAAUCCCACGGCACUCUCCAUGACUCCACAGGCCACAAAGAGACCUCGUUCUCCCUGUGCAAAGACAUCUUCUAAAAAGUUAAAACCAGAAGAACCAACUCGAGAGAGAAAACACACCUGCUCUGACCAGUCCCCUACAGGCGUCUCGUCUAGUAAGAGUCCGUCUCCCAGUGUUAGCUUGCCAAGCUGCAGGAGACCUGGCGCCCCUGAGGUUGAGAUGCCGACAAAGAAAGCCAAAUAUGACCUUAAUCAGCCCUCUGUCGAGCUGCCUGAACUGCUUUCCGGCCCCACAAAGCCUGUUACUUUCCUCAAACAUGCCAUCAAACUUCAACUUAUCAGAAGGCCUAAGUGAUUGAGCGCCAAUGAUUCGUUGAGGAACUUGAAGAUGUCACUGUUGCUUACUUCCCCCUAAGAGGGAAAACUUUAUCAUCCAUCAACAGCCAUCAUUUUAUUCCUUUUUAUUUUAUUUUUGCUUGCUUAUUGUGUGUUGUUGCUUAUUGUGUUUAGUCUGCAUUGCACUGAAAAAAAAAAAAUGGAAAAAACUUUGAAUGCACUGUAAAACCUGUUCUGUACAUUGUCUGCUAUGGCUUUUAAUUAUUCUCAAAACCCUCACUCUUUCCUUCUACUCCUGCCCUUGUCUUGUUGGGUGUCUGUAAAUAAUACUGUAAAGAGUAAAGUCUACGGUUACACGCACAUGCAAACACCUAAUUUUUUUGUGCACAGGUUUUGAGACUAAUUAA